UCUUCACAGGAAUAUGGCAAACCAUUGAAAAAAGAGGACUGUGGAAACACAAUGCUGUUUGUUGGUUUUGGUGUGUCGGUAGUCCUAUCAGCUGUGAUACACGUAGUAGCACUCGUCAUAGCAUACAAAAGAAACUUGUACAGACACUCUGGCAAGAAGGAUCAAACGUCUACCUCAGUGUCACGGAAAUCAAAUAAACAAGUCAUCAGCCCAAAAAACGAACUUGCUCUCAAUGAUAACAUUCAGGACUCCAAAGGUUCAGUGGAGCCAUCUCCACAAACGUCUGGAUUUUACAUGGAACUGACGGAAUCACAAUACAACAACACCACUGAAAAUGCUUAUGAACAAGUUUGAAAAUGUAUAUUUAAUUGUUCUUUCAAUGUCAUGUCACCCAAUGUUUUUUUUCUGUUAAGGCAGAUUCUAAUUCUUUGUAGACUGCGAUUUGUUUUCUUUACUGAUUAUGUAAAAAACUGAAUUAAUUUAAUUUGAGGCUUAUCUGUAUACGUGUAUAAUGGAGAAAUUAAUUAACAACUAGCAUACUAUUAAUUGAAGCUACUUGAAUUAAACUUCACAUCUUAAACACUAAACAAAGCAUCUAUAACAGCUUUGAACAUUAGAAUAAUGCGUUUAUUCUUUAUUUUAUAGCUACCAACGUCAUGAUUUAGAUUGCGUAGAUUUCGCUCUAGUCGUACAUGUGUAAAUUGCAAUCAAUUUCUGUAAAAAAAAGAAGGGUAAAAUUACCUAAUAGAUGUAAAUUUAUCAAAACAAUGUCUCCUCUUUCGUCUUGGAAAACAGUGAUCCUUUAAACCAUUUGAUAUUAUGAAUCGUAGGCUAAACCUUAUACUGAAUCACAAAAAGUGAGCAAUCUCACAUACCCCAAGCUCCCACAUUCUUUUUGAAAACACUAGUCAUAUUGACUGGCAGAGUAUGCAAGAAAUGCACACAAUAAUUUAAGGUAUAAUAAUAUAAAAGUACAUUAGCAUCUGAAAUCCAUCACAUCAAAAUUUGAUGCAAAUAUGCAGGACGUCUUCUCUAUAUGGAUUCCCCCCCCCCCCCUUCCAUCAUUUUUUUUUUUAGAUUUGUUUCACGUAGGCUGACAUGACCUGUUUAGUUGUGUUAUGUAUAAUUUCCUGAUUACCAUUGCGUAAAUUAGGGGAUUUUAACGUUUUUAAUUUUAGAAAUGUAUAUGUACAAAACCAUUAUUGAUUG